GGGUGGGGCUUUUAUACUAGGUAGAUUCUGGGUGAUGCUGGAGACAGAUUUGGUAUAAAUACCCCAUACCCAGUGGCCUGGGUAGCAGCAGCCAGACUAAGGACUAUACAGUACCGUGCCAGGACAGUAGCCUCCCGACCCUCACUGAUCUUUUGGAGCCUGCCUGCUGGUUUAGCUUCACAGGAUGGACCUCAGAGUGACAAGCGUUCUCCUCCUCCUGGUGGCCUUGGCCGUGGCAACACCAGAGAGAUACUACCAUGUACAGAAAGUAGCCAAGCAGCAGCAGCAUUAUCCUACCAAGAGCCAUGUCCAAACAGUUUCAGGUGAGCCAGGUAUUCCCGGAUCCCCUGGUGAGCCAGGACCUAUGGGCCCCCCUGGGCCUCCCGGCAAUGACGGCGUGGGACAUCCUGGACAACAGGGCCCACCCGGGGCCCCCGGACCCGCUGGCUACUCCGCAGCUGGCAAGCCUGGCAAUCCAGGUGGUCCUGGGAAACCAGGUAGUAACGGAAUGCCCGGUGAGAAGGGCCAUACUGGCGCACCUGGAGCCAUGGGUCCAAGAGGAUCACCCGGUUCCGCUGGAAGCCCAGGACCUGCUGGAUACUCUUCUGCUGGCAAACCUGGCCCACACGGUCUGCCCGGAGCCAUGGGGCCAAGGGGUGAGAGUGGACUUAAAGGGCAUCCAGGUAUCCCUGGUCUGCAAGGACAAAAGGGAGAGAGGGGAGUUGGUAUUCCUGGGGCACCAGGUGCAAACGGCCAAGUGGGCCCAAUGGGACCCUCUGGUAUGCCAGGGCAACCCGGAGUUGGUAAGUCUGGUGCCACUGGAUACCCUGGGGAGCCUGGGAAGUCAGGUACUCCAGGUAGGGAUGGAGCUCCAGGAGCUAUGGGUCAGCCAGGGCCAAAGGGCCACAAUGGAAACCCUGGGGUAGGAGCGCCAGGAAAAUCAGGUGAGAAUGGCAGUCCAGGUAUGCCUGGAAAUAUGGGACCUAAAGGUCCCCAGGGACAUGCCGGACAACCAGGUGCACCUGGCAUACCAGGAGUUGGUAAACCAGGAGCUAAUGGCAUGACAGGUGACAGGGGAUCCCCCGGUACAUCAGGAACCACCGGUCAGAAAGGAGAGCCAGGGCCAACAGGUUACACUGGGGCAACAGGUGGUACUGGCCUUAUGGGUCCAGCUGGGCCACAGGGUGCUAGAGGAUUCCAGGGAGAACCAGGUGUGCAGGGAUCUAAAGGAGAUGUCGGCAUGCUGGGAGCUCCAGGGGCAAAGGGAACCAAGGGGGAUCAGGGACAUCAGGGUUACGCAGGGAAGGCAGGUAUCCCCGGGGCAGCAGGCCCUCCUGGUGCAACUGGUGCUACAGGACAUCAGGGUAACAAGGGAGCUCAGGGCCAUCCUGGCUCUCCUGGUCAGCCAGGUUCAAAUGGGCUUGCAGGAGCAAAGGGACACCCAGGCACACCUGGAGGCCCAGGGAAACCAGGCGAGAGCGGCAUCCCAGGGACAAGAGGACCAGUGGGGCCUUCAGGUCCAGCAGGUCAAGCAGGUCUUAGGGGUCACGCAGGUCUUCCCGGCGCACCCGGCCCAGCUGGCCAGAUGGCCAAGGGAAUGUCUGGUCCUAUGGGUCCACCUGGAGCUCCUGGUUCCAGAGGUAACGAUGGUAACCCAGGUGCUAUGGGACCUCCUGGCCCACCUGGUCCCCCUGGUGAGAUGGUCUACCAUCACGAGAAGAGCAUGCCCAUCAAGUCCCAUGAGAUUAUGAUGCCUCAUGAGAUGAUGAAGGCCCCUAUGUCCGCCUUCAGCGCGGUUCUGACGGUGGCUUACCCAUCAGCGGGUUCACCCGUUCCAUUCAACCAGAUUAUUUACAAUGGGGAGCAGCACUAUGACCCCCAGACUGGCAUCUUCUCCUGCCAGGUACCAGGUCUCUACUACUUCUCCUACCAUAUGCAUGUUAACGGUGCUAAUGCAUUGGUGGCACUGUACAAAAAUGGUGAGCCAAUCAUGUUCUCAUACGAUGAGUACAACAAGGGCUUCUUGGAUCAGUUGUCUGGCAGCACUGUACUUAUGCUGAAUGCCCAUGACCAAGUCUACAUUCAGGUCCCUGAUGAGGAGACCAAUGGUGUCUUCGCUGCCGAUAAUGUUCACUGCUCUUUCUCUGGGUUCCUGAUUGCCUCAACGUGAUACAAUCGCUAAUAACAGCUUAAAAGAAACUACCUAAAGAAAUAGUUCAGUUUGUAACUUCCAUCGAGAUUGGGUUGUCAUUGUAGAAUACAAGAUUGAUAAAAGAUUCUACAAGUUAAUUUGUCAUUGAAAAGGCUGAAAAGGCAAGAGCAGCAAUUCUCUCAAGUAUUCUAUUAAGAAGGGCUUUCGGUUCAUGGAGGCAUUUAAAUUAAAUGAGAAGAAGAAUAUAAUUUAGGAAUUCAAUUGUUUGUCAUCACUAUUCCCUUUCCCAGUAUAUGCACAAGUAUUCAGCAAACAAUGAUCAGUAUGAAUAAUUCACAAAAUGGUGCUCUUUGACUGCCUGUAACAUUUACAGCAGACUUUUGUUGUUGUUUUCAAAGUCUUGAAUAAAUAUCUUGUAAUAUACAUGCAAAGGAAAUCAUGCUUGUUUUUUAAGGCAAUGUUGUAAGUCAGAUCGCAACACCUUUAACAAACCAGCAGUGUGAUAUUGCAACACACAAGAUGAAAAACGGUCACAAAAAAAGUAUUAUGUCAAAAACAACUCUAUGCCUGAGGAUGCAUUAUGCUAUGUUCAACUUAUUGAUCAAAGUAAAAGAAUAAAGUCUUAUUUCUGAAACUGA